AUGGGUCAAGAAGAAAACACACAGUCUAAGGUGGACAAGCUUGUUUCCUGGUGCAAGUCACAGGGCACAAAAGUGGAUCCAAACUUGAAUUUUGAGUACUCUUUCGAGAAAGGGAUCUCUACUUUAUACACCCCCACAUCAGAUCAAGUAUCCCGCAGAAAGGAUGUCGACGUCCAGUUAAAAAUUCCAAGGAAGAUUAUAAUAAGUUCUCAAAAUGCUAGAAAGUACUUUCUCAGUUUAGCACCGGAUUUUGAGUGGUCACAAUUUGAGUCUCGCCAUCUAUUGACUGCUUACUUAGCUUUUAGGCUUGGAGAUCCGGAAUCAAUCAAUGAUCCAUACCUCGAUUUAUUACCAAAAGCGGAGGAGAUCCGUUCUCCACUUAUCUAUAAUGAAGAUGAGCUUCUCCUUUUAAAAGGUACGAAUCUUUUUAAGGGGACUCAGGUUGUUUUGGCACAAGUCAAAAGAGAAUAUCAAGAAUUUAUUGAUGCUACAAAAUCAGUAUUGUCGAAAACUAUUUCUUUCCACGAUUAUCUUUGGGGAUUUCUCAUUCUAUACUCGAGGUCUUUCCCUCUCCGAUUGGUGGAGAAAGAAUGCGAUCCCGCUGAAGUGAUGCUUGUUCCAUUACUUGAUUUCAUGAACCAUAAACCUCUCACAAAAGUCACAUGGUCUUUUGAUGGCACCAGCUUUGGCGUCAGUUCGCAAAUUAAGCUUGCGAAUGGUUCUGGAAAGUACGAAGUUUACAAUAAUUACGGCCCGAAAGGUAAUGAGGAGCUUCUUAUGGCAUACGGAUUCGUUAUUCCGGGUAAUGAAUUCGAUAUAUUGCAGCUUGCAAUCAAUUGGAAGCAAUUAAGCACGGUUCUUGAAGGUGUUGACAUCCACAAAUGGGGAAUAAAGAAGAUAUACCACUCUUCUGACUUGACCUACAAUGUUAUUCAAAGUGGUUCUGUCAACGAUGAAUUGUCUUCUAGGGCAGAGGUCCAUUCGAAUGUCAGUCCAAAAGAAGAUGCAUUCUUCAUCUGUAACAGAGAUCACCCAUUGCCAGAAGGAAUAAUUCGAUUGUUUGCACUCGUAUCCAGACGUGACGAUGAGGAGGGUUUAACUUUGCGAAAUGUUUUAAAUGGUGUCAACAGUGUAAGAGAAAGCAUUGAUAUACGUUUUAAGGGUCAGUUGAGCGUUAUUCCAAAGAAGUCGGAUGACGUGGCUCAAAUAAACUACGAUAACUGCAAAAUUUAUCGUGAGGGCCAGCUAGAGUUGUACAAUAUGAUGAAGCACGCACUUAAGGAGAAAGAAAAAGUCUUGCUAAAGCAAUACAGAACACAUCUGAUCACCCUUAAAGAUAUCCUGAAGAAGGAUAUGGAGGGUUUUGAAAAUUUUGUGGUACUGUUUGAGUUCAUUUCUUCUCUUUCUCAAGAGUUCUACCAGGAAGUUCUAAUGCAAGUAUGGAUAUUGAAGACAGUGAACUAUCACUACAAUGAUAUUGAUAGCACGGAUAUCCCGUUGAAGGCACUGUGGGUAGUGGAUGAGUUUAAACGGUUAGAAAAGAGCGAAUAUGAGCCUGAGAAAGACGAAACUUUGUGCGAUGUGUACAAUGAAACCAUAGGAAAAAUGCUAGUGCAAGAAGAGCUAAAAGAUGUGCUUUUCAAGGGAGAGCACUGGGAUGUAAAGUCGUUUAUGCUUGCAGGUGCUGUUAGUGAGCAAAAUAGAUAUUUGAAAGGAUCCAAAAGAGAUAUGAUUCUCGUUGCCCCUUUGCCAAUAGACGAAGUUUAG